GUUUAAACAUCAAUAAAUCUAUUAUUAUUUCUUUAUUGGUUAUUAUUUAUAAAAAUAAAUAAUUAUAGUUAUUAAUAAAGAAAUUAUAAUAACUGAAUAAACUGAAAAUAAUUCAAGACGAAAUAUUAUUUUGUUUUUUAUUCACUGCAUAAAUAAAACGCUCAUCUAAAGUUAACCAUUUAAAAAUUCAUAAAAUAUUAUUUCUAUAGAUACUUAAGGAAUAAUUUCCAGCAUUAAUGAAGUUGAGUACAAGCCGUCUCAAAAUUGGAGUGUUAUUAAUAUAUUUAUCAUUUUAUCAACCUAAGCGAUCUAUCAAAAUGAAUCCUUUAACAAAUAUGAGAAAUGUUAAAAAGUUGAGUGAACAAGAGUUGGAACGUAUGCCUAAGAGUUCCUGGCAUGAUGAGUAUAAAUCUAGUGCUUGGAUUUUUGUUGGUGGUUUACCUUACGACCUUUCUGAAGGCGAUAUUAUGGCAAUUUUUUCACAGUAUGGAGAAAUUGUAAAUCUCAAUUUAGUUAGAGACAAAGAUACAGGAAAACAAAAGGGCUUUUGUUUUAUUUGUUAUGAAGACCAAAGAAGUACUAUUUUGGCAGUUGAUAAUUUUAAUGGUACUAGAAUUCUGGGAAGAAUACUCCGUGUGGACCAUGUGAAAGAUUAUAAACCACCUAAAAACAUAGAAUCUACUGCUAAAGUCAAAGUAGAAAAAACAGAUUAUGAUGAAAAAAUUGUAAUUAAAAAAGAAAGUGAUACACCAGAAAUUAAACGAGAAAUACUUACACCUGAAAUAAAACGGGAGUAUGGUACUCCUGAAAUUAAGAGAGAGAUAGACAAUUCUGAAAUCAAAAGAGAAAUACACACUCCUGAAAUUAAGCAUGAAUUAUGUUCUCCAAAAAUCAUUAGUAGUUCAGAAGAUAAAAGUGUUAAAAAACAAAAAAAAUCUAAAGAUUACAAUAAAAAAAAUGUUAGAAAAAGUAGAUCUAAUGAAAGGAAUCAAUCACCAGGAAAAAAAAAAUAUAAUAAACAUCAUAAAGACAAAUAUGAAGAAAAACGUCAUAGAUCAAAUGAUCGGAAUGAAAAUAAAAAAAGAAUAAGACGCAGUANUGAUAAUAAAAAAAGAAUAAGACGCAGUAAAAGUAGUGACAAAUAUUACAAGAAAGAAUCUUAUAAUAGACAUCAUAGUAAAGAUAGAUCAAUGAAUAGUAAUCGUCAUUACAAAUCAACAAAACGUGAUAAAAGUUAUUCAAGCGAUGACUGUUAUUAUGACAAACACAAAAAAAAUUAUAAUAAACAUGAAAAAAAGUACAAACAAUAAAAUGAUAUUAAAUUCACUAAAAUGUAGUCAUUACUAUGAUGACAAUAAUUGUAAAAAUAAUAAGUGUAUAUUGUACCAAGACUGAAAUGGCACAUUCCUGAAACACCAAUUAGUGUUGCCAAAAGAUUUUUCGGAGCCAGUAAUGCACAAUAUGUAGCAGCUGCUACCCACAUCAAAUGAACUGCUAAGGAUUCAAUAGCUUCAAAUGGGAAAACCCACCAAGGAUCUCUGUGAAAAAAUUGUAAUUAAAUGAUUUGCUAUAAUAAAUUUUUUAUUCCUUUA